UGUGCCCGGCGUACCGAUCGUAGAACAUGUGGGGUGUGUCUCUGCGUGUCCCACGGGAUCGCGCACGCACGGGGCGGAGGCGCGCUCCUGCAGUGAGCUCUGAAAGUUGUGUGUGACUCUUGGGUAGCGCACCGGCGACAUGGACGAUUUAGAUGCGUUGCUAGCUGAUCUAGAAUCCACCACCUCUCAUAUCUCCAAGCGUCCAGUUUUUUUAUCAGAAGAGACACCCUACUCUUUUCCAAGUGGAUGUAAUACAUACCAUGAGAUCUCUGUUCCAGCUGCCCCUGCCAGCGAGGCUCUCAAUGGGAAUGUCCCUGACUCGCUGGAUUCAUGGUCAAGCAGCUCCAACAAAUACAUCCAAAAACAGAACCCCCUCUAUGGCUCAGCAGCUCCCAAGGAGAAUGUGGUGUCUCCCAUCGCACAUGUCGCUGAAGAGGAACAUGUGUACAGUUUCCCUAACAAGCAAAGAUCUGCAGAGCCAUCCCCCACAGUCAUGAGCUCGUCUUUGGGCAGCAACUUAUCAGAGCUGGAUCGUCUACUUCUGGAACUGAAUGCUGUACAGCAAGCCCCAUCCAGCAGCCUCUCUGCAGAUGACCUUAGUUACAGCUUUUCAGCGCCGGUGGUUCAUGCGCCUCUGAGCAAUGUAUCUGAUAGUUCUGUGUCUGCAGUGAGCAAGGUCAUACAAUCCUCAAAGGAAAAGCCAAAGAGAAAUGGUGCUCGCGGGAUCGAGGAUGUCCGUCCUAGCGUUGAGAGUCUUCUGGAUGAACUGGAGAGCUCUGUACCAAGCCCAGUCCCAUCAAUCACGGUGCCUCAGGGGGAGAUUAGCACCCCCCAGCGAGUCACUUCUAACCAACAGCAGACCAGAAUAUCUGCUUCCUCUGCAACCCGAGAGCUGGAUGAGCUAAUGGCUUCUCUCUCUGAUUUCAAGACUUGUCACACCUUUUCUGAACUUUCCUAUGAACCAAGCACAACUUCUUCUCAUCCAUCAUCUCUGUCAACCUAUCCCUCUGCCUCUCCAUCCUGUGCUAUGUCAUGCAGCUUCACUUCUCCAGUACUGCUGCGUAUUGAUGAGGAUGAAAUACCCAUUUCGUUUUCUCAGCAUGAAAAUGGUCCCAGGUCACGGAAGGAGGUUUUUGGAUUUGCAUGCACUGAUAAAAAACAACCAACAGUCACAGCCAGUGCACUAAAUCCAGUUAAGGAUGUAUGUUUCUCAGUCUUUGGAAAGGAGCCUGGUGGGUCACUGGUAUGUAACCAAAUGGAUCAAACUGCCAAGUCAGAAAGGGGAAAGGAUGAGUGCAUUGUACCACAAUGUGAUUUUAAUUCUGCGGUGUGUGAUGAAAGCAGUAAUGUUUUAAGGUCAGGGGAUCAAAAAAUGUCAAACUACUUUCCUUGCUCCAUGCCAGAAUUGCACAGUGACCUCAACAGGGACAAAGUACAUGUUUUGAGGAAUCCUCCUCUUGGUAAAGCAUCCCUAGAGAAGGAAGGCUACAUGAAUGCAUCUAAUGGGCACUACACUGAACUUAGCUCAAAAUCUGACGACCAAAUAUCUACUACUGUGACACAAGACUCAGAGCAAGUUCUGCUCCCAGAAAUCUCAGCCCGGGAGAGGAUCUCUGCUUCUCGUCAGAUGAAGUCUGUUAUUAAAAGGACCAAAGAGACUCCUAAUGUGCAUCCAAUGUCUCGUGACCUCUCGCCUCGGCGGAGGUUUGGCCCAGCUAUAUACAACAAAAGCCCCUCGCAAGACCGUUUGAUUGAAGAAUUGCACGACCGUUUUGGGAUAGACAAACAGGAAACUUACAAGAGUCCAGAUGAGAACUGGCUGACGGAAGGAGUGAUCAUUACAUCUCGGCCAUCAAAGAACAUUCGAUUAGCUGAACAACAGAUUGAGAAGAUAAUUAUACCUCCAGAUUCUCCUCAACUUGCAAGAAAAGUAUUUUCUGUCACUGCUUCACCACCUAGCACUAUAGAGAGAACAAAAUUUGUAUCUUCGAAAGCUACAUCCCCUGCACUACCAUCCCCUGUUCUUCCACCUCCGGCACCACCAUUACCACACCCACUUCACCCUCCACUAAACACGUCUACUUUUAAUUCAUUUUCUCCUCAAUCUCUUCCCCCUUGCAAAGGAUUUAGUGAUGAUUAUCAGGAUCUGUCCAAGCCUUUCCCAAUUUGUCAAGAAGACAUUCUACCUCCUUGUCAGGAGAAUCAUAUUACUUCUUCAGCUCGGAUGCUGCCUUUCUCUCCAAUAAGAUCUCUGCCUCUUCCAAAGACAUGUGUCUCCAUUGGCUGUCAAACAGAUGACAAUCCACUUUUCCCACCAAUCCAGAUGAUCUCCCCACUGACCUCUAGAAGCUCCCCUGUAUUUGCUGCUCGGCCUCCACCAAACCCAUACUUUACUGAUAAGGCAGUUGGUUCCAUCAAUACUGCCCCCUCAUGGCACCUACCUGAAAGCAAGGAUUUGAUGUCUGACAGUGAGACCCCUGCCGACUCCGCCAAAUACAUGGCUGCGUCAAAUGAAAGGCCCCCAGUACAUGAGGAUAUUGUGAGCAUUACAGGGUUCAUGGCCCAGGGAAAGUCUGUGAGCAACUCGCCUCCUACUGGUGCUCCCAAACCAGGCAGUCAGCUGGACAACAUGUUGGGCAGUUUGCAGUCUGACCUCAAUAAAUUGGGUGUGGCGACAGUGGCUAAGGGUGUAUGUGGUGCUUGCAAGAAACCGAUUGCUGGUCAGGUAGUCACGGCGAUGGGAAAGACCUGGCACCCUGAACACUUUGUGUGCACGCACUGCCAAGAGGAGAUUGGAUCACGCAACUUUUUUGAGAGAGAUGGCCAGCCGUAUUGUGAAAAGGAUUACCACAACCUGUUCUCCCCUCGCUGUUAUUACUGCAAUGGGCCCAUCCUGGAUAAAGUGGUAACUGCCUUAGAUCGGACGUGGCACCCUGAGCAUUUCUUCUGCGCACAGUGUGGUGCUUUCUUUGGACCAGAAGGUUUCCAUGAGAGGGAUGGAAAAGCCUACUGUCGCAAGGACUACUUUGAUAUGUUUGCUCCUAAGUGUGGUGGCUGCACUCAGGCCAUUUUGGAGAACUACAUCUCUGCGCUGAACACGCUCUGGCACCCAGAGUGUUUUGUCUGUAGGGAAUGUUUCACCCCUUUUAUCAAUGGAAGCUUCUUUGAGCAUGACGGUCAACCAUACUGUGAGGUGCAUUACCAUGAACGUCGUGGUUCUCUCUGCUCAGGUUGCCAGAAGCCUAUCACUGGUCGCUGCAUCACUGCUAUGGGAAAAAAGUUCCACCCCGAGCACUUUGUUUGUGCCUUUUGCCUAAAGCAGCUGAACAAAGGAACCUUCAAGGAGCAGAAUGAUAAACCAUAUUGCCAGAACUGUUUUGUCAAACUCUUCUGUUAAGAGCACCACACUGUAUUUCCACAAAUUUUCACAACCCUGUGCAGCUGUGUAUGGGAGGGUUGUGGUUUAUAUCUGGAGCAUCGCGGGUUGAAUGAUCAGAUGACAAAUAUUUUUUAUCUAUUUCUACCCUCUAUAAUCAAUAGCUUGUUUGUCAGGGGUUUCUCUCUGGCUGCCAGCCACUGCUCCUGACUGACUAUUCCUUCCCAGCAGUAUAUGGCCUCUCAUGAGCAAAUAAUUCACCUUGCCCUUUGGGUAUACGUUCACUUUACUUGCUUUUAUGGUUGGUGCAGUGGGUUAUUCACUUUAUCUACCAGAAAAAGCAAAUCCUCUACUAUGCAUUAAAUUAAUGGCAUGGGAGCAUUUCUGCCACGCACUUUGUUACUGUUUGUGUGGCGGGCGGGGGGGGGGGGUUGAGUUUACAGUGGCCUAUGAGGUAUAGACCUGCAGCAUAUGUCUCGGGUUAUGAUGCUCAGGGAGGCCAGUUUGGGAAUUACAGCAAUAACAUUUUCUACUGACAGUUACAGGUAACUUGUCUUUUCACUGGUGAGCAGCUGAUCUCUCACUCUUUUUUUUUUUCUUUUCUUUCUUUUUUUCAAACACAUAUAACCCUCAUGUCUUCAAUUAAAAAAAAUCAAGAUUUAUUAAACUUGAUUUUUAUUCAUUUCAUCUGAUUUUAUUAAUGAAAUAAAAUAAGACUUUUAUAUAAAAAGUAUAUAAUAUACAUAUAUAACAAAACAAAAUAAGUCCAGUAGGGCUGGAUUUUCUGUUUACUUUUGAUUUGUGCGAUCAUUAAACGUAGCUAUUAACAUUUCAAUAUUUUAUUUAGUGUGAAAUUAACUAUUUUGGUAUUUUUGUUAACAUUAGACAGUAUUGCAAAUUUCAAGACUUAUCAAAACUUAAAUUGAAUAUUGAUGCCAAAAUGUUGUACAUCCUUUAGACAAUCUUAAACCUGCAUACCCUCUUUGUACAGCUAUCAGUGUUUCUAAGGGAAGGCCAACUUUGCUGUAAUGCUAAAAUACAGUUAUGUUUUAGAAGGUUGGGCUUUUAUAUGGUGGCUUAAAUCCCAUACCAGGAUGAUAAUUUUGCCAUCUAAUUUACUAUUCACAAGGAAAAUUGAUUGUUUGAUAUGCCAAAGAUCACAUGAAAAUAUAUUCUCAAAAAGCAGCUUGUCAUAUGGGAAUAUAGUUUACAUGUUGAAACACUUGCCUAUCUAUCUAGUUUUCUUUUUUUUUGCGCGUUUAAAAUAAAUAAGAUAUUGUGCUUUUAAACCCUAUUAUUUGGGUUCUGUUAAAAGCUCUGCACUUUUUUCACUUUUUUUUUUUUAUAAAAACCUCAUUAAUCUUCUUAGGAAUGUUAAAGGGGUGUAUGUACUCCAUGGAUAGCACCUUUUUAUGUAGGUUUUAUUUUCUUUCUUUUCUUUUUUUUUUUUUUUUUUUUUUAUGAGAACUAUAUUGUCUUUACUUACACCUUUUUGGUCUGUCAUGUUAGUUUCAGGCAAAAAAAAAAAUAACCCCCUAAAAUGUGAGUUUGCUAUUCACUGUCACAAGAACUUGUGUGCUAAUGGAUUUCACAGUAAUGUGAUACCAGCUCAAAUUCAUAGUUUAAUUUUUCACAGCUCUAUUUUUUGUUCUAACAAUGCUGUUUUUUUGUGUUUGUUUUUUUAAAUGUUUUGUAUUGUAACCAAAAAAAAAGUAAAAAUAAAAAUUGCAUUUUUCUUCUUAAA